CUGAGGAAGAAGGAAGCAAAAGGAUUGGUCUUGCAUUCUGCUUUUGGAGAAGUAGAAAUUGAUGAAAACAAAUUCUGUGGAGAAAUCAGAGAAACCAGGAGUCACAUUUGGGGCAUUUCAUCUUUACUCAUUUCAGAAAAGUACCAACAUGUAUACUGGAGAGAAAUUCUACAAGUGCCCUCAAUGUAGGAAAGCUUUUAAUAAAAGCUCAAAACUCAUUUUACAUCAGAGAAUUCAUGUUGGAGAAAACCCUUAUGAAUGCAAUGUCUGUGGGAAAGGUUUCCAUCAUAGGUCAAAACUUAGCAUACAUCAGAGGGCACAUACUAGAAAAAAUCCUUAUCAAUGCAAUGACUGUGGGAAAAUGUUUAUUAAUGACUCAAAACUUAUUUUACAUCAGAGGAUUCAUACUGGUGAGAAGCCUUUUAAAUGUCAUGAUUGUGGGAAGGCCUUUAAUCAGAGUUCCACCCUCCUUCAACACCAGAGAAUUCAUACUGGUGAGAAGCCUUUUAAAUGUCAUGAUUGUGGGAAGGCCUUUAAUCAGAGUUCCAACCUCCUUCAGCACCAGAGAAUUCAUACUGGUGAGAAGCCAUUUCAAUGUAGUGAUUGUGGGAAGGCCUUUAAUCGGAGUUCCCACCUCUUUCAACACCAGAGAAUUCAUACUGGUGAGAAGCCAUUUAAAUGCGAUGAUUGUGGGAAGGCCUUUAAUCAGAAUUCCCACCUCCUUCAACACCAGAGAAUUCAUACUGGUGAGAAGCCAUUUCUAUGUCAUUAUUGUGGGAAGGCCUUUAAUUGGAUUUCCAACCUCCUUCAACAUCAGAGAAUUCAUACUGGUGAGAAGCCAUUUAAAUGUAGUGAUUGUGGGAAGGCCUUUAAUCAGAAUUCCAACCUCAUUAAACACCAGAGAAUUCAUACUGGUGAGAAGCCAUUUAAAUGUAAUGAUUGUGGGAAGGCCUUUAAUCAGAGUUCAAAUUUAAUUGUCCAUCAGAGGAUUCAUACUGGUGAGAAGCCUUUUAAAUGUAAUGAUUGUGGGAAAGUCUUCAGUCACAGGUCAAAACUCAUUAUACACCAGAGAAUUCAUACUGGUGAGAAGCCUUUUAAAUGUCAUGAUUGUGGGAAGGCCUUUAAUCAGAAUUCCUACCUCCUUCAACACCAGAGAAUUCAUACUGGUGAGAAGCCAUUUAAAUGUGAUGAUUGUGGGAAGGCCUUUAAUCAGAAUUCCCACCUCCUUCAACACCAGAGAAUUCAUACUGGUGAGAAGCCAUUUCAAUGUCAUGAUUGUGGGAAGGCCUUUAAUCAGAAUUCCAACCUCUCUGUUCACCAAAGAAUUCAUACUAAUGAGAGGCCGUUUCAAUGUAAUGAUUGUGGUAAGGCCUUUAAUCGGAGUUCCCACCUCCUUCAACACCAGAGAAUUCAUACUGGUGAGAAGCCAUUUCAAUGUCAUGACUGUGGGAAGGCCUUUAAUCAGAGCUCCCACCUCCUUCAACACCAGAGAAUUCAUACUGGUGAGAAGCCAUUUCAAUGUCAUGAUUGUGGGAAGGCCUUUAGUCAGAAUUCCAACAUCUCUGUUCACCAAAGAAUUCAUACUAGUGAGAGGCCAUUUCAAUGUAAUGAUUGUGGGAAGGCCUUUAAACAGAGUUCCCACCUCCUUCAACACCAAAGAAUUCAUAAUGGUGAGAAGCCAUUUCAAUGUCAUGAUUGUGGGAAGGCCUUUAAUCAGAGCUCCCACCUCCUUCAACACCAGAGAAUUCAUACUGGUGAGAAGCCAUUUGAAUGUAAUGAUUGUGGGAAGGCCUUUAAUCGGAGUUCACAUUUAAUUGUCCAUCAGAGAAUUCAUACUGGAAAGCUUAUUAAAAAAUCAUGAAUGUGGUAAAGAUUUCAAUAAGAGAACAAACUUCCUGGUACAUCAGAGAAUUC